AUGGUUCGAGUUUUGGCGAAUGGUGAUGUUGUGAAUGAUGAUGAUGUUCGUGCACAAAGCUCACGUGAUCAACGAGCAAGCUCCAGAAAUUCCCAACAACCUUCUGCAGAUAAUAAUGCGCAGGGAUCCAUCGACGGAUUAUCACAGUAUUGGGCUGCUGCAAAUCAACAGCUUCGCUCUUUCGGUUUAAAUAGUUAUCAAGUGGCAGGCUACACCAUAGAGCCGGCUCACAUGGUGCUUGCCCUUAUAUCUUUAAUAUUCAUGGGGCCGUUGGGAAUAAUACUGGUUUUAAUUCUUGUAGCUGCAACUCAGGAACGAGUAACGAAUGUUCCUACAGCGACUGCUACAGCAAACACCACGAGAAAUCCGUUUUCUGAACCUCCAAGUGCUUAUGGAGGACCAUCAGCGAACACUUCGUCACAACCCAAAAAAGGUGAUAAAGUCUUCGGAGGAUUAGGUCAGAGACUAGGUUCUUAA